AUGGCGCCCCAAACCCUCCUCCUCACCCUCGCGAACCUCCUCAUCCCAGCUGCGAUCCUCGUCUUCGCCACGGGCUUCUUCCCCUAUAAACCCUUUAUGCCAGGGCUCGCGGAGUAUGAAGAGCUAGGCUGGGGAGAGAGAAUGGGGUGGAAGGAGGGGAGUCCGCCGAAGGCGCCGUUUGAUCGGUUGGUGUUUAUGGUUGUGGAUGCGCUGAGGAGUGAUUUUGUGUUUGGAGAGGAGAGCGGGAUGAAGUUUGUGCAGAGUCUCAUCCGCGAUGGCUCAGCGCUCCCCUUCACGGCCCACGCCACCUCCCCCACCAUCACGAUGCCGCGCGUCAAAGCCAUUACCACCGGCUCGAUCCCCUCCUUCCUUGAUGUAAUCCUCAACUUCGCCGAGUCGGACACGACGUCCACGCUCGCUACACAAGACACAUGGCUGGCCCAGCUCAAGGCAAAGCAAAACGGGAAGCUGGUCAUGCACGGCGAUGACACGUGGUUGAAGCUGUUUCCGGAUUUUUUUGAGCGAGCGGAUGGGACGAGUAGCUUCUUUGUUUCGGACUUCACGGAAGUGGAUAAUAAUGUGACGAGGCAUGUGCCUGGCGAGCUGCUGGAGAACGAUUGGAAUGCAUGGAUUAUGCAUUAUCUGGGGUUGGAUCAUAUUGGACAUAAGGCUGGUCCUCGGAGCCCCAAUAUGAUCCCCAAACAGAUCGAGAUGGAUGAGAUUGUGCGCACCAUCUAUACGGCUAUUGAGAACGAGGACCACCUCGAGAACACGCUGUUCAUACUUUGCGGCGACCACGGUAUGAAUGACGGCGGAAAUCAUGGUGGUUCUGCUCCUGGCGAAACCUCGCCCGCACUCGUUUUCAUGUCGCCCAAGCUCAAGAAGAUCACGGAUUUCACGGACAGGGAGAGCCCGACGAAACCGAAAAGCGGAGAGUUCGAGUACUAUCGGAUGGUUGAGCAGAGCGAUAUUGCGCCGACGCUGGCGGGCUUGUUGGGGUUUCCGGUGCCGAGGAAUAAUCUCGGCGUGUUUAUUGAGGAGUUCUUGUCCUUCUGGGAUGAGGGGUCCGACCGUAUCCAGCUGCUGCUCCGGAAUGCCAAGCAGAUGAAGAGGAUCGUGGAGGCGACUUAUCCGAGCCUGGACUUCAGCAAUGAAGGUAGAGACAUUACGGAGGAGUGCUCGUCGCCGAAGGUACUACAUUGGACUAGCGACGGGCAAGCUCUAGCCUGCAAGUGGCAAGGCGUCGUGCAGAUAAUGUCGACGUUUGCGACGAUACACCCAACACUAAGGUUCAUGCGUGCUGCACAGGAAACAAUGUCUAGCACAGCCUCCAACUACGACAUCCCACGUCUCGUUCUCGGUACCUCACUCGCGCUCCUCUCCGUCAUUCUCGCCUACUUUACGCUGCCCUCUCUCCGUCCCAUCAUGCCGCAAGGUCUCUUCUUCGCCGGCACUCUGCUCCUUUACAGCAUCAACAUGUUCGCCUCGUCCUACGUCGAAGAAGAACACAACUUCUGGUAUUGGGCCACCUCAGCCUGGUUCUUCUACCUCUUCGUCUCCGAAUCCCGCAAAGAAUGGUACUCCAGGUUUAUUUCUCAUCCCGCCAUCGUCUUGGGCAUCAUUCACCGCGUAAUCAGGAGGUGGAACCAAACGGGGCAGAAGUUCGCAGGCGCGGACGAUAUCGUGCACAGCCCGCUCCUCCGCGGCUCAAACUCCAUCAUCAUCUGGAGUCUGAUUGGCGCUACGUAUAUGGAUAUCUCGCUCCGACUGUCGCGGCACGUUGCACGCUCCAUUUCUUCAUUUGACGAGGAGAGAAGCAAGGAUCUCGAUGACUUUGAGUCUACGGAUGCCAACCGGUUUAUGGGUAUGCUAGCGGUGCUGCCGCUCGGUGCUACGGCUUUCGUGUUCAAGCUGGCGUUUACCGCGAGGGAUGCGCCCGAGUUGACGAAGGGGAUUAAUGAGGGGAUUUUGGAAUGGGUGGAGGGGUUGAGUUUGGUGGGUGGCGCGCGGAUGGUGUUCGCGGGGCUUGCAUUGAGUGCGGGGUGGGUUGCGCUGGCGGAGUGGAGGAGAGCUCGAAGGAGGAAGACGGGAGAGGGUAAUGGUGAUUUCGCAGUAGCUCUCUUCGACCUCAUCUCGCUCUUCCUCGUUACGCAAACAAAAGCCCAAAACAUCCCUCUAUACCUGCUCUUCCGGCUCCAAUUCUUCUUCCUCUCUGUCCUCGACCUCAGCCCAACCGCCAUAACAACAACCACCCUCCUCCUCACGCAAACCACCUUCUUCGCCCUCGGCAACUCCAACGCCAUCUCCUCCAUCGACCUCUCAAACUCCUACAACGGCGUCUCCGACUACAACAUCCUCGCCGUCGGCUUCCUAGUCUUCAUCUCAAACUGGGCCGGCCCCAUCUAUUUCACCUGCGCCGGCGUCCUCCUCCUCGGCGCACACGGGCGCAUCCAGCGCCACAUCGACACCGCAGAGCUCGACCAGCGCGACUGGGUCGCCAAGGAGCGCGAGCACCUCGAGCGCCUGGUGACGCAGGAACGCGCGCUUAAAGAACGUAGGAAGGGGGGUUCGGGGGCUUGGAGAGCGCAUGUGGGGUUGUUGACGUUGUGGACGGGGGUGAGUCUGACGAGUGUUAUGGCGGCGUGUACGCUGCUGAGGACGCAUUUGUUUAUCUGGACGGUGUUUAGUCCCAAGUUUUUGUACGCUGUGGCUUGGGGCGUUGCGUGGCAUUUUGGUAUUGUGGUGGGCGUUGGUGGGGCGCUUUGGGGGGUGGGGAAGUGGUAG